AUGCAUACUUAAAAAAGUAGUAUGCAUAUUUAAAAUGAGUGUGCCCAGAGUAAGUGUGCAAACAAACUCCAGCAUUUUCAGACUUGGCGUGAACACUUGACUCGGUCCACACUCAGAACUGCCCUCGUUUUGGGGAAGGGCUUAUAUUCGCAGAUUUGCGUUAACAUAGAAUUCGUUCAGAACCGUGGCUCACGUGUGGCUCCAUACGUCACAUUUGUGCAUGCAUAUUUGCAAAAUGGUAGUCUCAUUUAUUUGCAACACUCAAGUGGAGAAGGACAGCGUGUUUUGGACGCAUGGCAUCAUGCCGAAAUACCAGCAAACAUGGAGCCAGAUUUAUAUAAGCAAAUUUUUAGCCAUGCAGGCUGUUGUGAUUUUCUUGAUGCUCUCUGUUACACUCACUCACGCGGCAAAGGUGAGCCAAGUACACUGCUCCAGUGCCGUGAACGUCACAUGUCAAUAAGGCAUUUCAUCCCUUUAAUAACCCUUUCUUCAUCAUCAUCAGGAAACUUGAAACAGGAAGUAACAUGAAAAGUUGGAACAUUGACAUUUACUAGGCAUCAGGCACCGAGAGCAGAAAGAUUCCACACCUGAUGUGGACCACACCACGUUUCGGUGGAAGCGAACUCCAGACCAUGGUUUUCAAGAAGACUGCUGGACUACUCCCAGGCUUGAAAACAUCUUUCACACUUCGCCAAACAGUAGUGUUCUAACACACGGCAGUAAGACUGUAAUAUACGUUUAAGUAUUCAUCAGGGAAACAAAGUAAAAAGCUAUCAGUACAAAGAGCCUAAUUAAAUGUAAUACUAAAUAAGUACUAAGAGCUAAGAGUGUCCCUUUUUCCAAGUAGUGAUCAUUUACAUUUAUGUGUUUUAUUUCUGUUGGCUGUAAAAGAGGAAAGGACGGCUUUGUGCACUGAACAUAUAAACCAGCUAACAGUGCUGAAUUAGGGUGAGUGGAUCUGUUUCUGGAGAUCUGCCUCUCUAAUACCCAAUUUAACACUUGAUACUAAUGAUCAGAUGCUCAAAAGAUACUGAUUAGCCGGAUCUCUAAGGUGUAAGUGCACUUCCUGAAUCAACUACAAUGAUUUUAAAUGAUUUUAAGCAAUAAAAUUGAGUGUCCUGACAACUACUUUCAAUUAGAUUCAUUCUGAAAGGAGUUUUAUUUAUCUCUCAUCUCACUCUCCUCUCCACUCUUAAUCUUUAUUUUCUAUCUUCAUCUGUCUUCCUAUCUUUUUCUCUUCUCAUCUUAUCUCUUCUCUUCUUUUCUCUUCAUUCUUAUCUCUUUCUAUUUGACUCAUCUUGUUGCCUUCAUCUCUUGUUUUUGGUUCUUAUCUGUAUAUAAUCCCUAAAUAAUUGAUUAUGGUUUAUUUAAUACGUUGCUGACAUGCAGCGUCUCUAAACAACAGAGUGAAACAGCAGGGUGUUCAAUAUGGCAAAAAAAAAAAAAAAUCAUGUUCUAACACUCUGGGACAUUUUCACAGCACGCAGCGUGUAUCAGGAUAUUUUGGUUUGCUCACAGAGCGAACCAAACACAAUUUAAAAAUCUCACGAUAAACUAUUGUUGUGAUUAUGUCAAGUGCGUAUACACUGAAGUGUGGAUAACCAAUCAGAUUACUGCCUGCAAGAUUCUGAAGUGUGUGACAGAUAAGUACAAUAAGUAUAAAAUGCUGUGUGGGCUGUGGGCGGAGCAUCAAGGUAUGACGGCAUGAAUAGAGAGCCACUACUGAGUACAGAAACAGGAGUGUAGUAUAUCUUAAAAUAAGUAUGCAUACUUAAAAAAGUAGUAUGCACACUAAGAAAGUAAGUAUGCAUACCUAAAAAAGUAGUGUGCAUACUUAAAAAAGUAGUAUGCAUACUUAAAAAAUGUAGUGUGCAAAAAAAGUAUGCAUACUUGAAGAUAGUGUGUAUUAAAUCCAGAAUUCUUAGCAGGGUUUUCAUACACUCCAGUAAGACAUUUAUUUAUUUAUCUACAUUUAUUUGGUCAUCAUGGAAACAAAAUGAUACAAUGAAAGUGAAAAGACGUCAUUUAAAUGCAGUAUUGUUCAAGCGUGUUAUUGUUUAAUUUCUUUUUAAAAGUCAUCAGUGUUCAGGGAAAGUUGAGUAGAAUUUACUGAUGUGAGAUUUAUUUCUAGUGGAACUGGCAGCUUGGUGCAGAAUCCGAGGUGCUCGCAUCUAUAGCUUAGCCGUAGCAUUUAUGAAAGUAGAAUGUUCACCCUUCCUACGGUGAUGUGGGAGACGACGUAAAACGAUGCUUUUUUGCUUUUUCAGCUAAAGUCAGAACAAAUGGGAGUAAAAUUCACCUGGCGGAAAAAGACAGUUCAGUGAUGAAGAAAAGACACGGAACUUGAAAGAUGCUUCUUGUAGUGUAGUGGUUACUUCUGCUUCAUGACUACUUCAUGUACGUGAACUUUGACCUAGCCUAGGUGUUGUGAGCCAGUAGAAACCAAGUGGGCGGGACUGUGCUGUAUUGGUCAGUAAAAAUAAAUGGAGUAGCUAUUAUUAUGAAGUGGAGAAGCUCACACUGCCUCACUGUUAUCUUUCUGUUUUCUGAAAAAAAUGGUCUGUAUUGUUUACUGAUAUGUGCUAGGUUUCUUGUGGUAAAUUAGUUUUUCCAGCCUGUUAGGAUCUUCUUGUUAGCAAUGUUUUCACUGCUGUGAAAUGUUGCAUCAGAAUUGCACUGAAUAUCUAAAACAGGUAACUAGUGUCCACUGAUGAAGAGGUUGUGAGCAGGCCGGUUUCUGGAGAUCUGCCUUUCUAACAUCUAAUUCUAAUGUUCAGAUGCGUUAGAGAUGCUGAUUAGCUGGAUCUCAGAUUGUCCAUCAACUGCAACAGACAAAAAUUGCAUUAAAAAAGAGCAGAAUAUGAUGAGAUGUCUUCAAGCAAUAAAACUGAAAACCAUUGAAAGCUCUUAACCGCUUUCCUGACAUCAUCUACUUUCAAUUCAUUUAAUUCUCAAACUGCCUUUAAAACGGAUUUUUCUUCUUUGGGGGGAAAAAAACAACCCAAACAGAUCAUUUGAGAGCUCAUGUGACUGUAGACAGCCAGAAGGUCGAUGGAAUUAGAGGCUGGUCAUGCUUCUUCACACAGAAGCAUACUUUCAGAUCGUGGGAACUUAAGCUGGCUCGACCAGACAUCACUUUACAAAAGCGCUUGCGAGGCUCACCACGCCAGCUCGACAAGAAACCCUGUAACAUACAGUCAGCGAUAACCGACAGACUCUAUAUGAGUAACACAGACACAGACAGGAGGACGUAUCUGAUUUUUGGGGGGGAUAUCAGACCACAGCUUGGAGUUUAUGGGUGUAAGAGAGAAGAGAGAGAAGAUCUACAGAUAUGAAGCCGGGCAUAAUGAAGACAACACGCUGCAACAGUGUGCAGGGGAGGAGAACUGGGUGGACAGCAGGACGGUGUAUAUCGGACAGAAAGUGCCACCCCCUGGCACUGAGGCCUACAUCCCUCAGAGGUUCCCCGACAACAGAAUAGUCUCCUCUAAGUACACUUUUUGGAACUUUAUUCCGAAGAAUUUGUUUGAACAAUUUAGAAGAAUUGCAAAUUUCUACUUUCUCAUCAUCUUUCUUGUACAGUUAAUCAUCGACACUCCCACCAGUCCCAUCACCAGUGGUUUACCACUUUUCUUUGUCAUCACUGUAACCGCCAUUAAACAGGGCUAUGAGGACUGGCUCAGGCACAAGGCGGACAACGCCAUCAACCAGUGUCCCGUUCAAGUCGUCCAAAAAGGCAAAGUGGUGCGCAAGCAGAGUCGCAAGCUGCAGGUGGGUGAUGUGGUGUUGGUGAAGGAGGAUGAGACGUUCCCUUGUGACCUGAUCCUGCUUUCCACCAGUCGAGACGAUGGCACGUGUUUCGUCACCACUGCCAGCUUGGACGGCGAGUCCAGUCACAAGACCUAUUAUGCAGUUCAGGACACCAAGGCCUUUAAUACAGAGAAGGAGGUGGACCAACUGCAGGCCACUAUAGAAUGUGAACAACCCCAACCAGACCUCUACAAAUUUGUGGGACGCAUCAAUAUUUAUUUGGACCGAGAUGAGCCCAUUGCAAGACCUCUGGGCUCGGAAAACCUGCUGCUGCGAGGGGCCACGUUGAAAAACACAGAGUUCAUAUAUGCUGUGGCUAUCUAUACUGGCAUGGAGACCAAAAUGGCCCUGAACUAUCAGUCCAAAUCCCAGAAACGCUCUGCUGUAGAAAAGUCUAUGAAUGCGUACCUGGUUGUUUAUCUCUGCAUCUUGAUCAGUAAAGCUCUAAUCAACACUAUCCUCAAGUACGUGUGGCAGGCCGAUCCCAACCGAGACGAGCCCUGGUACAACCAAAAAACAGAGACCGAGCGGCAACGUCAUGUAUUGAUACGGGCCUUCACAGACUUCCUGGCUUUCAUGGUCCUCUUUAACUACAUCAUUCCUGUGUCCAUGUACGUGACUGUGGAAAUGCAGAAGUUUCUUGGCUCUUAUUUUAUUACGUGGGACGACGAGAUGUUUGACGAGGAGCUGGGAGAGGGUGCGCUUGUUAACACGUCGGAUCUUAAUGAGGAACUCGGGCAGGUGGAGUAUGUCUUCACUGAUAAGACAGGAACUCUGACGGAAAACAACAUGGAGUUUAUCGAGUGCUGUGUAGACGGUCACGUGUACGUACCUCACGCUAUCUGCAAUGGCCAGAUUAUGUCUGGAGCCGGCAGCAUUGACAUGAUCGACUCGUCGCCCUGCACUGAGCGGAAGGAGCACGAGGAGCUGUUUUUCCGGGCGCUAUGCUUGUGUCACACAGUGCAGGUGAAGGAGGAAGAGACGGUGGAUGGCAUUAAGAGGGGAAUCCACCAGGGAAAAUCCUCGUCCUUCUACAUCUCCUCCUCUCCUGAUGAGGUGGCGCUGGUGGAGGGCAUGAAGAGGCUGGGCUUCACCUACCUGCGACUGAAGGACAACCACAUGGAGAUCCUGAACAGGGAGGAAGAGAUCGAGAGGUUUGAAUUGCUGGAGGUGUUAAACUUCGACUCUGUGAGACGGAGAAUGAGUGUUAUCGUCAGAUCCAGCUCAGGGGACUUUUACCUGUUCUGUAAAGGUGCCGACUCGUCCAUUUUUCCCCGAGUCAUCUCAGGGAAAGUAGACCAGGUCCGAGCUCGGGUAGAGCGUAACGCUGUGGAGGGUUUGCGGACACUUUGUGUAGCGUACAAGAAGCUGACUCGGGAGGACUACGAGCAAGUUUGUCGUCUUAUCAGCAGCGCUAAGCUAGCUCUGCAUGAGCGGGACAGGAAGCUGGCUGAGGCGUAUGAUCUCAUCGAGAGGGAUUUCAUCCUGUUGGGAGCAACAGCUGUCGAGGACAGGCUACAGGACAAAGCAGCCGACACCAUCGAGUCUCUGCACAAAGCAGGCAUGAAGGUAUGGGUCCUCACUGGUGACAAGAUGGAGACAGCGGCUGCCACGUGCUACGCCAGCAAGCUGUUCCGCAGGAGCACACAGAUCCUGGAGCUGACCACAAAGAGGACGGAGGAGCAGAGCCUGCACGAUGUGCUGUUCGACCUGAGCAGAACCGUACUGCGGCAGCACGGCACCAUGAGCCGAGACACGUUCUCUGGCCUGUCUAAUGAGUUCCAGGACUACGGGCUGAUCAUUGACGGAGCCACUCUGUCUGCAGUGCUGAAACCGGCGCAGAACGGCAGUACAGGAAACUACAAGGAGAUCUUCCUGGAGAUCUGCAGGAACUGCAGCGCUGUGCUGUGCUGCCGCAUGGCCCCGCUUCAGAAAGCGCAGAUCGUUAAGCUGAUAAAGAUGUCAAAGGAGCAUCCCAUCACUCUGGCCAUCGGAGACGGCGCGAAUGACGUCAGCAUGAUCCUGGAAGCUCACGUGGGCAUCGGCAUCAUGGGUAAGGAGGGAAGACAGGCAGCCCGCAACAGUGACUAUGCAAUUCCAAAAUUUAAGCACCUGAAGAAGAUGCUGCUGGUGCACGGCCAUUACUACUAUAUCAGAAUAUCCGAGCUGGUGCAAUACUUCUUCUACAAGAAUGUGUGCUUCAUCUUUCCCCAAUUUCUUUAUCAGUUCUUCUGUGGCUUCUCCCAGCAGCCACUAUAUGAUACAGCAUAUCUAACACUGUACAAUAUCAGCUUCACCUCACUGCCCAUCCUGCUCUACAGUCUGAUGGAGCAGCACAUCAACAUGGACAUCCUGAAAAGGGAUCCUUCACUUUACAGAGACAUUGCGAAGAAUUCUCUGCUCCAAUGGCCCAUCUUCAUCUACUGGACAUUUCUAGGAGUCUUCGAUGCACUAGUCUUUUUCUUUGGUGCUUUCUUUCUAUUCGACAACACCAGCUUCACCAGCAACGGACAGCUAAUGGCCACAAACACGCAGAUGAUGUUUGGAAACUGGACGUUCGGAACUCUGGUGUUCACAGUGCUGGUAUUUACAGUCACGUUAAAGCUCGCUCUGGACACACACUACUGGACGUGGAUCAACCAUUUUGUCAUAUGGGGAUCUCUGCUGUUCUAUGUGAUCUUCUCACUUCUCUGGGGUGGCAUCAUUUGGCCGUUCCUGAACUAUCAGAGGAUGUACUACGUCUUCAUGCAGAUGUUGGCCAGUGGACCCGCGUGGCUCAGCAUCAUUCUGCUCAUCAUGGUCAGUCUGCUGCCUGAUGUGCUUAAGAAAGUGCUGUGGAGAGCGCUGUGGCCCACCACCACCGAGAAAAUACAGAAUGCAGACAAGCUGUAUAAGGGUCAGCUGUCGGAGUUUACCCCUCUGUCCUCUGUCCACACUCCACCUGUCCACAAACGGGGCGGUGAUGAGGAUCAAAGCCACGCCCAUCGCAGGUCUGACUCUUCCCCUCGUAAAAAAGUGAUGUACACCCGCUGGGGGGGUGGCCCCGACUACUGCACUUUCCGCCCUUUCUUCCGAUUUGGGGAAAACCCCAGGCUGUCCGGGAUGGCGUACGCCUACACUGCACCCGGGCCUGAAACUUCCAUCUGAAAUGAAAGUUUAAGCUAACAUUGAGACUUGCACACAUUAGCACAGACUGAUCCUGAAAUUGAAAUUGUUAAAGGCUUGUUAAAGUAUUCACUUGAAGUACACACUCUGUUCGCCAAGGCAGCACACAGCAACAAGGCUGGGUGUUGGUUGGUGGUUUGGAGCCAGGCUUAAAUGGGCCAGCGGGUCCAUAGGAGUGUUCAAAGUGCUGUGUUAAGGGGCCUUUUUACCGUGAUUCCCCUGUGUAUGUGUUUGUCUGUGUUUGUGUGUGUUACCCUGAAUCAUACCUCCCAUGUGAAUAUGACUUGAAACUAAUAUCCUGGCACUGAGCAGCUAUAAUACAGCAUACAGCUUUCCCUCUUGAUGGAAAUGAUCUGAAUGUGGAUAUAUACACUCACUGACUAAUUUAUUAGGGACACUUAUACACCUGCUCAUUCAUACAGUUGGCCAGUCAGCCAAUCACAUAGCCAAUCACGUGGGGAAAGACCAGGCAAUGUUUCUUUUGGUGUGUCUGUACCCACUUUAGCCUCAGAUUCCUGUUCUUCUUCUUUCUGACCUGAUGUGGUCUUCAGCUGUUGUAGCCCAUCCACUUCAAGGUUUGACGUGUCGUGUGUUCUGAGAUGCUCUUCUGCUCACCAUGUUAGUAAACAGUGGUUAUUUGAUUCGCAUAACCUUCCUGUCAGCUCAAACUAAUCUGCCUGUUCUUCUCUGGAUAUUUUUUGUUUUUUGCACCAUUUUGUAUCAUCUCUAGAGACUGUUGCAUCAAAGUCACUGAGAUCCCAUUUUUUCCCAUUUUUUCUGUUGUCUGAUGUGACCAUUAACUGAGGUUCUUGACCUGUAUCUGCAUGAUUUUAUGCAUCGAGCUGCUGCAUGAUUGGCUGAUUGAAUUAUUGCAUGAAUGUGCAGGUGUAAAGAUCCAGUGAGUGUAUAUGACAUUUAAAAUGGAGUUGCGUGAUCUGUAAACAGAUCCUCACACUUGUUUCUUCCUUUUCUCUUGAAUUUUCUUCCCUUCCCUUCUUGUUUUUUUUUCUUCUUUCUUUCAUAUUUUUUUUAGAACAAACUGGUGUUGCCUUUGCGCAAGUCUAUUUUUGAGGAACUCUCCGUAAAGGCACCGUUAUGUUGAAUUGUAAGUGGCUGAACUUUGGCCAUUGUUGCAUCUUUACUCCACUAGCUAGAGCUCGUCAAGAAUGCCAUAGGUGUGUGUGUGUAUAUGUGUGUGUGUGUGUGAGUGUGUAUGUGUGUGUUUGUGAGACAUGAGACAAGCUAGAACUGGACUUUCACAGCUUUGUCAUUUGUAAUAUAAUUGCACCAGUAGAGUAGCUGAUAUGAUGAGUUAUCAUUUUAACUCUAUCGCUAGAAAAAGUCUAAACCUGAGUUGUCAUGGCAGCUUGUUAGUCUGGUGUAGGUGCUUAGAGAUGUGCUAUAGCUAUUUAUGUCAACCCUUCCCCUCUCCCAACCCAUUAAAAUGCCUUUCAUUAGCUUUUUUUUGUAACGCUUCUCUGACAAACCUGACUAUCUACCUUAGCAUCCAUGUUCUUCUGCCUUAACGCCAUAACAUUUCCCAUGCUUCGUACUGUGGUCUGGACACCAAAGGUUGUAAAAUAUGAGAUAAACGGAGUAAACUAGUGUUCUUCUUGCCUUACACUGAUUUGAGGGAGCGGGGAACGGGCGCAUGACGGCAUUAGACGAAUCCCACCGCACUGCCUUAAGUUCACACGCUGCACCAGCAGACGGCUGGAUGGUAGACAGUUCCCUUUUAGGCUGAUUGCAGAUCAGUUUUUCCUCUAUUACCAUAUGUCAUAUAUAUAGAUAUCACUAUAUUUUUGGUAGAGUAUAAAUAUUUCGCUUUGGAUUGAUGAAUGGAAAAGCUGGUUGAAGAUCAGUGUAAAAACAGGGACUCAUUUUUGGAGAGAUGGAUAGCAGUAAUGUGGUUCUCAUAACAUCUGCUACAGCCAGCUAAGCCACGCAAGACUCCUGAAAGAUUUUCGUUGCAUUAUUUUCACUCCCAAUGGCAGCAAGCUUUGCUAUAUUUAUUUGGCUAGUACUUAACAUUUGUAUUGACAUGGUUUUAUUUCUGUGUUGAGCCUCAGCUUGGAGCCUUGUGUCGCUAAGCUAGCUUCAUACUGUCAUUGUAAUUCAGUCCUUAUCUGUUUGUCCAGUGCACUUUUAUCAAUGUGUCUCUUAAUCAGCCGGUUCACUGGCUACACCUCAGAUGGCUCCUGUUCACUAUGUAGCAUUUCCCUUUAAUUCAUUUACUUCAUAGUGAAGAGAAGCCAUUUUGGAUUUCCAAGCAUCUAUUAAGCAUAUUAAGCAUAUUAAGCAUACUGACUCAUAAAAUAGAGCGAGUAUUUUAAUAUUAGUACAAUAGAUGAUUAUAGGUCAAUGCUUCAGUGGGACAAUUUGAAUUGGGUCACAAAGAUUUGUAUUACAGUUCUGUUGUCUUGGUAAAACUUUACGUUAAGGCUUCAUGACACAUACAUAAGGCAUUCAUGACAAUUGACGUAUACAGUUACAAAGGCUAAUUCCAACUGUCAGCUGUCUGCGCUCAUAAACUCUGCUUUCAUCAGUUCUGAUGUCGAGUUGACAUAACACCUGAAUUAAGUGACAUUUGGUGGACAUGAGUUUGUGUUCUGACAUAGUCUCUGCUUACCUGCAUUUAAAAGUCAUAACAAAUUACUUUGUAGCUCAGCCUCCUUUUAUUAAACAUCAAAACUCUAAAAGCUUGAGGAAAAAAUUACAUAAAGCUUUUGUCAUGGCAAUGUAAUGAAGGUAACAUAUAAAUGUUAUAAGCAUUAGUUAGAAAUUCACUUAGGGGUCAGAAUGAGUGGUAUAAUGAGGACCUGCAAACAACCUUUAUGCAUUUUGCAUAGGAACCCCUCAUUUUAACAUCAGAGUACGCUGCGACGAGUUAUCACUCAAUUUCACAAAAAUAAAAAAAACUUUCUCCCCUUCCCUUUUUUCUUUCCGUUUUCUCAACAGUAAUAACCGCAGACGAGCUAAUCAACAUAUGAGCCAAUAUCUCUAAUAUUAAUAUACAUCCCUGGAAGCCCUGUCCUCCUUCCCAUCCCAUUCCAAAAAAAGGAGAAAAAUAAAAGAACUUGGUCUUGUCAAAAAUAACCCUUUACACAUCUUUUUUUUUUUAAUCUAAGUUUGUAUUGGUUUUCCAGUACAAACAAAAGUAAAUAAAUUUAAUUUAAUUUAAUUAAAAAAAAAAGAAAGUAAGAAAAAAGGGGAAAAAAAGGGCGGGGACAAUGUAAUACACACCACAAUGGAUAAGUACAUUUUAUUAUUAUUAUUAUAUUAUUAUUAAUAAUAAUAAAAUUAUUAUAAUUAUAUUAUUAUUAUACAUAUAUUAUAUAUGUUAUUGAUACGUAAAAAGUGAUUAAAUAUGCCGAGUUCUACAGUAACCGCCAGGUGCUCGGGGUUGGGUGGUGUGGGUAGGGAAGCUGCUGCGCGUCUGUUUUUAUUUUUUUUAAAUCUAGACACUAGAAAAGUUUACAUCGCUGUGUGUAGAAUCUCUUUCCUAGAAUAGGAGGAAAGAAUGUAAACGUUUCUAUUGUAAGCUUUUAUGCUUUAAAGCGUGGAAACUUUCCUACUGUGUAUUUUUUAACUGAAACAGACACUUGGGAGAUUUGUCCCCUGUAUAUAUGCACACUACAGAAACAAACCCCGCCUUAUUCCUCGUCAGGAUUGGCAGGUCAGUAUUAUGUAAUAACAUUCAUUAUGCAACACUGUUAUGUAAGUCUGACAUUACUGCAGUACACUGAGCUACAAAGUCAGCUGUCAUGACGUUAUAACAAGAAGUUAUAACACAAAAAUAUGUCAACAGUAUAAACAGCAGUCACUUAAUUUAGCUCUGAUAUCAGCUUUACUUCAAAAAUCGAUGAAGGCAAUCUCUGCCAGCUGGUGGAAUAGUAAUAGAUUAUAUAGAUUUAUGUCAGUUGUCAUGAAGGGUUUAUGUACAGUAGCUGUCACGUAGCUCAAGGAACACUGUCUUAACAUUGGACAAGUAUGCCUAAUCUAAUCUAAUCUAAUCUAUCUAUAUACAUGUUACAUCAUUCUUAUAGUGCAAUGCUUGAAGAUAAUUCUAGGUGUUAUGUCUCACAUCUCGACAGUCUGCAUUGUCUCCUUUCCUUUUACAUUCCUUUUUUGUCCUCUUUUUUGUCUUUGUCUUUGCUUGCAUCCUCAGACGUUUCGGAUCAGAUCCUCUCAUCUACUUUCAUACGUACUUUUACUGUGUUUGUUUCCAAAAAUCUCAUGGCUGUUCAUCGAUCUCUGAGCUUUUAACCACUCUCCAUGGCACAGUUAGAGACAGAGACAGAGAGAUAUAUAUUGAGAGAGUAUAUUCUAAUUGCUAAGAAGACCAAUGUUAAGAUAGUGUUGUAUUUUUUUUUAUUUAUUUAUUUUUUUUUUUUGCUUUGGCUAUUCUCUCUUUCUUUGUUUAACAUUUUAGCUGCUUGUGAGUAGGUGCCUUGUGGUUGAUGCACAUCCAUUGAGUUAGGAAGCUAAAAUAAGUCCAGGAUGCUUCAAUACUUUUUUUUUUCUCCAAACCCUCAACAUUAUGCGAGAAAGGCCAAGGUCAAUACUUUAUUUAUUGGUGUCAUGUGACAUUAUUUUAGAGAUUUGCAAGAGUUGCCAGGUGUUACUUUGGAAAGAUGUCAGUUUUUUUUUUUUUUUACUUGUGAGAGUUUAAAUGUAUGUCAUGCCACAAUCAAAAUAGAAAUGCUAUAUAUUAACGUGUGUCUGUGAUGAGGUUUACAGUUAUAGAAUGAAUUUAGGAAUGAAUGAAUGAACUAAUGAACAAUCUAACUUGAAUGGAUGACUUCGCUUCUGGUCCAAAGCUGCAUUGCUCAAUGUGUCUGAAUGUAAUCGUCAUUUAUUAUUCAAACUCCAACACAUCAUCAGUUAAUUACUCAAACUCCAACACAUCAUCAGUUAAUUACUCGAACACUUCAUUAGUUAAUUACUCAAACUCAAACACAUCAUCAGUUAAUCAGAGUCUGGAUGUUUGCAUGUUAACGGUAGCUGCUAAGCUUAAUCAUGCGUCUUUUUAUAUUUCUGCUAAUUUAUAUAUUAGCAUAUAUCUUACAGGUUCGGGGUUAAUAGGCUUUUGCUCAGUGACUCUGUGGCAGAACUUACACCUGAACUGUAACCACUGAACUUAUAUAUUGUAAUGCAUUUUCCUCAGCUUUGAUUUGUCAUUCCUGAAUUCAAAAAUGAUCAGUUGCAAGAGCAGUUGUAAAUCCUGAAACCAAACCAAUUGCAUUCUGAAUGUUGUCAUUUUGUCCCUUUUUUAGUUACUACAACUAUAUACGGGUCUGUUUUUACAACCACUGUCAUACAUUAAUAUAACGAAACUAAAUCCACUGGAAAUGUAAACUUUUAUUCAUUUUAACACUGUUUGUUUUUAUUCUGAGAAAUGUCUAAGAUUCUGAAUGUAUUCAAGGAGAAGUCUGGUCAAAAAAGUGCAAACGUUGCUGACGAGGAGUGAAAGAAACAUCCACCAGUCAGCGUUGUUUCAUUUGGCUAAUAUGUAAUUUAUAUCAUCCACCAGUAGUUAAUCACUUCUUUUGUGUAAGUCAUAGUUGCGAACAAUUACACUAAUGAUGUGAACUGUGCACAUUUCUGUGAACAUUGCUUCAGGAAGGCAGUGCAGGAAUGAAUCCUUCACAGAUGCGUUAUAUCAGGGGGAAGACACUUGUGUUGCUCUUUUGAGAUUUUUUUUCUUUUCCGAGUCCGACAAGCCACUGUAUUGUGUAGGAAUUAUUUCUACGCCAGGAAUCAGGUGAUCGCUGGACACUGGUCUCUGUUAAAACACUGGCUCUUAUCCUAUAGAACUGACAGAUGUAUAAAUAUUUUGUAUAUCUUAUGAAAAAAAAAAAGUCUUUUUGCUAUUUUUUGUAUUCAGAGGUUUAGAAAAUACCACUCGGUAUUUACGGUAUUAGUUUGUUUUAUACCAACCAAAAUUGGAGAUACGGCAGACAACGGCAACAUCAAACCAGUGAACAGAAGAGGCUGUGAAACAGCUUUAAUCUUCUGCUCUUUCUACGAUCUCACUUUACGAUUUUGAGUUUGCAGUAGUCAUGUCGACGUGCACUGUUUGAGGACGCAUCACACUGAAACUAGAAGACACUUUGAUGUCCAUUCGCUGCUGUUCAGAAAGUGUGACCAAAUACUAUUCUAGAUGUCUAUACUGUUGUAAAGGCUUUACUGACUCUAGUGGGGCUAAACCAACGCCAGCCUAUUCACAUUAACCGAAUGUCUAUUUGCUUUUUUUUUUUUAUUAUUUCUUUUUUUUCCCUCAAUUCGUCAGCACAAAGUGUGAUGUUGCUCUUAACUAAGUCUAUAGUGUAUAUUUAAAAUGUAUGUAUACUACUGUACACUGUACAGUAUAUAUGUAGUCAUAUGAAUCACUGUACAGUUUGGGGGUCUUUUUGUAUACAGUUUUUAACAGAUUGGUAUCUGUAGAUAUAUGUGGAUUUUUGCCAGCUUUUCUGUAGUUAUUAACAGCAAAAAAGCUGUAAAAUUGCUUGUAAUAAAUAAACGAAGAAAAUUCUU